CGCCAGGGGCGUUCCGGUAAAAGCGCACGCUGCCUAGAUGCUCCUUGCUUUCGCUCGCUCGCUCGAUCGGAGGAUGUAUAAACACCCAUAUAUAGUAAUCCUAUACGCAGCGUAACGCAUAACGCCUAACUAAGAAGCUAGGCUAACAAGCCAAAGCACAACAAGAGAGCAGGAGAGGGAGAUAUACCUCACUCCUUGGCCUCGAUCUUCCAUGGAGGAGCAAGGGGAGAGGGGGCUCCAGCUGCUGCUCCCCGCAGCCGCUGCUCGAGCGCUCCGGGAAGCGCCGGUCAGCGCCGCCACCGACCACCAGCAGCUGGACCUGGACCUGUCCAUGAGCAUUGGGCCGAGGCAGCAGCAGCAGCUGCAGCUGCAGCUGCCACGGCCGGCGCCCCCUACUCCACCGGCGAACGAGAGCAAGAGAGCGGCGGCGACUGUGGCCGCCAGCGCUGCCACGGCGAGGCAGCUGCAGCAGCAGGUGACGGUGGACGUCCGCUCCGUGAAGCAGCAGACGGCGGAGCAAGCGCGGAUGGCGUCGGCGGAGCGCGCCUACGCGGAGCGCGUCCGGGAUCUGGCAAAGCGGGAGCUGGAGCUCGCCGAGAGGGAGUUCGCGCGCGCCAGGAUGAUCUGGGAGCGCGCCCGCGAGGAGGUGGAGCGGGUGGAGCGGAUGAAGCAGAUCGCCGCCAGGCGGCUCGGCUCCGCCGCGUCCGCCGCCGCGCUCGAGAUCACCUGCCACGCCUGCAUGCAGCGCUUCCAUCCUUAAUUAGGUCGGUCGGUCGGAGAUCGAUGCUUCCUGGUCGCCAUUGCUAGCUGUAACUCUCUCUAUCUCUCGUAGCUCCUGUCUUGUGAGUGCCAGUCACCUUCUGUUUGAGACGAUAAUCAUCUGGUUGUGGUUGAUGCAUGCAUCAAGGAAACAGUUAUUCCUCUUUAGUCUAUA